AUGGCAUACCUUCUCAUGGAACUGGGCGUCCGACCACCCUCCGUGUCCGUUCCGUCGUUCAAGCGGACGGCGUGCGCUGCUCUCAGAGGCGGAGCAGACGAGCGACGCGUCCGCGCCGCGCCGGGCCCGCCCGCCGAGCUCCGUUGGGACGGCGAGCUUCAAGAACUGCGGCAGCUGGUCCGGGAGCGCGGCGGGUGGACCACGCCGCACCUGCGCCUGCAAGACCCGGCACCCAGCAGCGGCGUCAGGGGCCUCGUCGCCACGCGAGACCUCGCGCCAGGCUCUCCGAUCCUCGUCGCGCCGCCCUCGCUCUUCAUCUCGGCCACGUCAGCUGCGGAGGCCAUCAACGCGCACCUGGACUCCCCCCGCGCCGGCCUCCUCCAAGACAAGGAGGCCCUGGCGCUGUACCUCGCGCUAGAGCGCAGCGCGGCUGCGCAGGGCGCGUCACCGCUGCGUGCGUACCUCGCGCUCCUGCCGCACGAACCGUCCACCCCAUGGCGCGACUGGCAGGGGGGGUGUGAGGACCCAGCCGCGCUGGCGGCGUCCGUGCCGAGGGAGCUGGCGGGCCGCAUGGACGAGAAGGGGUGGGCGGCGGCGGUGGAAGCGCACCGAGACGGCGUCGAGGCGCGGCUGAAACGAAUGGCAGCGGUGUGCCGCAAGAGAGCGCAUGUGGCCCGCGGGGACAUGUUGUGGGGGCUCGAGAUGGUGAUGUCGCGCGCGUUCAGGCCGUGGCCGGGCGCGGAGGCGGCGCUCAUUCCGUACUUGGACCUGCUCAACCACAGCGACGCGCGGGCGGCGGACGGGGCGCCCGACCCCGCCUCGCGGCGAGAGAGCGCGACCCGACCUGCUCCUCUUGCGAAGCUGCUCGGAGAGCCCGAGGAGGUCGCGAACGCCAUCCGUGCCGCACGGGGCGUGGGCUGCACGGAGGCAGCGGACGCAGCGGACGCUGCGCAGGCUUCGGGCCCCGUCUUUGCACUCACCAUCCAGCGGACUGCUGCUGAUGUGUCGACCGCUGGGCUGCGGGCGGGCGAGGAGGCGAUCUACGACUACGGGGACUGGCGGUCGCGGGAGGCGAACGACGACGACCGGGAGCGCGCAGCACGCUUCCUUGCAUGCGGAUUCUGA